AUGGAUUCUGGUAUCAGCGGUAUUGCAAUUUCUUUCGGCACCAACCAAAUUUCAGAAUUUGUUCGUGGAAUCGAUCGUCUCACCGGCGAACCUCUCCCGGAGCCUGAAAUGGAAGACCCAGAGGUGGCCGCUGCUCGUCAGGAGCAAGAAAAGCGACGUCUCGAGAAACAUCGCAAGAUGGAGAUGGAGCGCGAGAAAAUGCGUCAGCAUAUUCGCAACAAGUACAACCUCAAGAAGAAGGAUGACCAGAGUGAGCCUCAAGAGAUUGCUGGACGGAUUGCGGGUAAUCGCAAAACUCCCGAGCAAGUCGCGAUGGAGACGUUGGCGGAUGAAGAUGAAGGCAUCUUGGAUCAGCUUGGACUCUCCGAGACCUACGAACGAGCGAAGAACGCGGUUUCAUCGGUUUAUAAUGCGGCGCGGACCUACUUCAGCUUCAAAUAA